UAUACUCGGAUUUGUGUAUGCGACCGGCCAUUCAACUGCUGUAUCCUGUGCAAGAUAAGUAGAAGCUCUCUCUUACAGGUCCUCAUUUUGCACUAUCCAGUUACCUCUUAGACGAGAAAAUGGCUGAUCAACUCACUGAGGAGCAAAUUGCAGAAUUCAAGGAGGCUUUCUCCCUUUUUGACAAGGACGGUGAUGGCACCAUCACAACUAAGGAGUUGGGUACUGUGAUGAGAUCACUUGGUCAGAACCCUACUGAGGCUGAGCUUCAAGACAUGAUCAAUGAAGUGGAUGCUGAUGGAAAUGGAACGAUAGAUUUCCCAGAAUUCCUCACAAUGAUGGCAAGGAAAAUGAAGGAAACGGACAGCGAAGAGGAAAUCAGGGAGGCAUUCCGGGUAUUUGACAAGGAUGGCAAUGGCUUCAUCAGUGCUGCAGAACUGCGCCACGUGAUGACAAAUCUUGGAGAAAAGCUGACAGACGAAGAGGUCGAUGAAAUGAUCAGGGAAGCAGAUAUUGAUGGUGAUGGUCAAGUCAAUUAUGAAGAAUUUGUAGCCAUGAUGACUUCAAAGUGAAAACAGUACACAAGAUCUUUCAUUAUUCACGUGCGUGCCACCUCCUACUUCAACAUUGUCACCCGAUCAACCAAUUCCUCUUCUCUUCACUUCGACCGACCCUGCUCCCUUUUCUACAAUGCAUGUAGCAUGGCAGUUCAUUUAUGUCAAGUGUAUAUGCUUUGAAGCAGCGCAUUCCAUGCCAACAACCUCCCAGCUUUUCCUACUGGCAUUCAUCAACCUGCUACUUGUCACGCUUAUACCAUGGGAAUGUUCCUGGAUGCUGUGUAAUGUGUAUCCCGCACUCCACCGUGCGUCACAGACCACCCUUUUAGAUGCUUUCCCUUGUGCCUUGUAGCAAUCCAAACAAACCAUUCAAACAAUGCGCGCGCAUCAUGUACAGUUGGAAUGGCAGCAAUAUUAAUGUUUAGUUUUUGUAAUUAUACUCUCCUGUAUAUAGAGGGCUCUAUGAUUAUGUAGGGAGGUAUAGUGAUUUCCUCUUUCCUUUUAAUUAUUUCAUGAUAUUGUUUUGAAAAUUGAAAUUAACAGGGUUUUGUUUUUUUGUUAAUUUUGUUCUUGUUUUAUUUUCCGGUUCUUGCUCUUGCAAUUGCAAUAACCAUGUUUUCCUGCAAUUUGUGUUGUUUUCGCAAAAGAGAAUGUGAGUUGCUAAGAGCAGAGAUUUUUGCAUUCCAUGAUUUCAUAUUUUCUAUGUUUUCCAUAAUUUUUGCGAUCUUUCAAACCUGUUUACUGCAUAAACCUUGAAUUGGAGAAAAAAUGAAAUAUAUAUGUUGCAAGCUUUUUGGUGGGCCUUCUGCAGAAAGUUUCAAGUAUGCAAAGUAGCGUGACCAUGUGGUUGUUCAUGUAGAUAAACCUCUGUGUCGUUGAGAAGAGAAGAUGUUCACUUCUAGUAAAGUCUCUAAACGAAGUGAUUUUAUAUUAUUAAAUGUGCCAUUAUGACAUAAAAUGCAUGAAUUAUGCAAAGGAGCUGAUAAAACAAAAGCAAGAAUCUUGAUGAAUCCAUUGUUCAAUGGCAGCAAUUGAUUUCCAGGAAAAAAAAAGUUGAACACAAACUGACAGGUUUUUAAUUCUCUAUGGGUUUUGUACUUAUUACUUCUUUGAUGUUUUCUGUUUCUGCUAUAUUUUUUUUCCAAGACUUCCUGAACAGUCUUUCCUUAAUUACAAUUGCUUAUAACAUAUUAAGUAUAUACGUAAACAUUACUGAUAGCGUGUACCUGGACAUACAUACAUAUUAUACAGUAGUUGUACAUAUAUAAUAGUAACUGUAAGUGAAUUCAAAAGUCGUACAAAUUGGGCUCGGCUCACAACUCACAUUUAUAUCUAGAUACAAAAACUUGUACUCUGUUCUAUUCAAUAGAUGAAGAUACAAUCAUUAGCCAACUUUUAUCAAAAAAAUGUUCAUAUGCAUGAUUAUUAAUUAUGUGGGGAGUAAUCUGUAGUUCUGCAGUUUUGUUACCAAUUUUCAAAUAUAACAAAUGUAUUAUUAUACAGGAACAUGUAUAAUUAGAAGCAGCUCAACAAUACUAAUCAUAUACUAUUGACAUGUUAAA